AUGCGUGCAAAUAGUGGUGCCCAGGGGUCUGCGGCUCAAGACGUCAUGAUCAAUCCCCUCGACUCCUAUAAUAUCCGCGUGGUGACUUCCACCUCCUGCGAUAAAUACCCAGCCAAGCACCAUGCGCGCAACGUCGCCCGGAAGCUUGGAGCUUCAAGUGGCUUGAUCUUCCUCUCCGGACAGCCGACAAUUAAUCUGCGCGACUCCGAUCAAUCGCGCCCAUUCCGACAACGACGGUACUUCUACUACCUGAGCGGAGUUGACGAGCCCGACUGCUCCCUGACGUACGAUAUUGAACAAGACCUGUUAACACUUUAUGUCCCGGAUUUUGACCUCCACCGUGCUAUUUGGAUGGGACCGACCCUCUCACGGGAGGAUGCGCAAGACCGGUAUGAUGUGGACCAUGUACGGUAUCACGCCUCGCUCAAAUAUGACCUGCAGGCGUGGCUGGACGAGCGAAAGCAAGGCAGCGAGCUGUACCUAAUCCAUGACUCGGAGAAGCCGGAGCAUCUGCCAAAAGAUCUGCCUUUGAACCUGGAACAGCUAAGACCUGCUAUGGACACAGCCCGAGGUGUCAAGGACGAAUAUGAAAUCCGGAUGAUCCGCCAGGCCAACAAAGUCUCGGGGCUUGCUCAUCGGAGAAUCCUAGAGAGUAUUCAGUCUAUGUCCAAUGAGUCCCAGAUUGAAGGAUCAUUUUUGAACACCUGUAUCUCGCACGGCGCCCGGAACCAGGCAUACCAGAUUAUCGCAGCAUCGGGACCCAACGCCGCUGUCCUGCACUACGACCGAAAUAACGAAACUCUCCACAAGAAACCUCUCGUCUGUCUCGAUGCUGGCGCGGAGUGGAACUGCUAUGCGAGUGAUGUGACGCGGACCUUCCCGCUUACCGGCGAGUGGCCUAGCGACUACGUGCGGGAUAUCUAUAAGCUAGUAGAGCGCAUGCAAGAGGAGUGUAUCCGACUGAUCCGGAAAGGGACACGCUAUCUAUCUCUCCACAAUCUAGCCCACGACAUCGCGAUCGAGGGUCUCCUGGCUCUGGGUGUGUUCAAAAACGGCACGAAUCUUGAGAUCCGUCAAUCUGGCGCAUCCAAAGUAUUCUUCCCACACGGACUUGGUCAUCAUGUCGGUCUUGAAGUCCACGAUGUAUCGGAGCGGUCAAUCAUGGCUCUUCAGCGGUCCGAUGAACUCCAAUACCGCCCGAUCCUGAACUCCACCUGUCUUUCGCCGUGCACUCUCUCCGCUCCACUGCUGGAAGAGGGAAUGGUCGUGACUGUUGAGCCAGGACUCUAUUUCUCUCCUCUGGCUAUGGACAACGCGCGCCAGCAGCCAUAUGCCCGGUAUAUUGAUUUCGAUGUCGCGGAAAAAUAUGUUCAUAUUGGUGGAGUGCGCAUUGAAGAUGAUAUUCUCGUGACUGCUACUGGGUACGAGAAUCUCACCACUGCACCUAAGGGCGAGGAAAUGCUUGCCAUUAUUAGAGGAUCGGUAUAG